AUGUCUUUGCAGCAUUCCAUUGUAACAAAACAAAGCAGGAGCUUGUCUGUUUCAGUGCUUGGGGUCAAUGCAUUAGCCAUCCUUACUUUCGCUCAGUUCGUAACUCCUCCGACAACAUUCUCGACCUCAGACCCCUUCACGAUAGGCUUAUUGCCCAUGUCCGGACACUCAUUGGUAACAUCGAGCUUGUUUUUGGUGCGGACGCCACGUACGAAACAGCCACACUGGACAGAAAGCAAUUUGAGCAGCCAGAGGCGUUUUACGCCAUUCAGCGGAUUGCCCAGGACACCAAACAAUAUCCUUACCUCCGCCCCCCUCUUCACUGCAUUCCUCGAAGGCGCACUGGAAACUCUCCUUCGAUUCUGCCGUGAGUUUGCCCCUGAUGGCACAAUUGCCCAGCUGUCACCAAGAAAACGGGAGCUCGCACGGAUGAAUAGCACCAAUGACGCGAACGAGGGUGCAUUAGGAACCCUGCGAGUUUCGAUGUGGCGCGCUCCUCGGAUGUCCCUCACCCAUUUCAACGCUCGUCUGAAAUACAAGAAAAAUCAGACUGGGACUUACGUGAAGACUUCUCUGGGCCCAACUGCACGAACAUACUUGCGGAAGAGGGCCCGCAUCAACGAUACUGCAGGGAUGGAGAGGAAACGAAGGAUUGCACAGGUAGAGUAUGACAAAUAUGUAGUCCAGCGGAACCGCGAGAAAGAUCAGAAGAAAAAGGAACGUCGUGAGGCUGCAGCUGCGAAACUUGCUGCCGUUGUGCCUCGUCUUACGCAGGAGGACAUCAACAAGAUGCACGUCGCUGAGCUGGACCUGCAGAUCCGCUGGCAUCGCCAAUUCGACUCACAAAUGCCCACAGCGAAGGACCUUAAAGGCAAGAAAGCACUGGAGAAAAGGGCCAUUCUGGCAGCUGCAGCAGAGCGGCUUUCUAGUGGAGAAGUAGGACCCAACACCAACGAGGCUGCGACGAUGCAGGAAAUUGAGGGACAUGACACCACCAAUGUUGGGGCUCUCUUAGGGGACUCCGAUGAAGAAAAUGACUUGUAG